AUUCCCAUGUAUACAUACAUAUUUCACAACUCUGCGUCAUCAUCUAAACCCUAAUUCUAUUUCUCCCCAAAUAUCUCCAGUGAGAUUCCAAAUUCCUAAGCCCUAACCCUACUAAAUUACAUACGUAGAUAUAGUUUUGGCAGACAUGGAUUCACAGGCGAACAAUCUAUACGAAACGGCGUCGCAGCCGGACCCGGACAACGACGCCUACGCGUUCCUUGAAUUCAACACGCAAGGGGAGGAUUUCGAUUACCCAGAAUUCCAAGAGCUCUCUCAGCCCAUUCGAUCCCCCUCUGUAUGGCCGACCCCGUCCGAUUCGGUUGCUGUUUCUGAGACCAACGAUCACCCGUCGUCAUCUGAUGCCUCGCCCUCGACUAAAGCGCGCGGUGGUGGAGUUGGUACUAGUAGUAGUAAUAAUAAUGUUAGUGGCAGUGGUGUUCAUAAUAAAGAAGGCGUGGUGGAGGCCUUGGCAGCGGGGAUGAGUGGGCUGAAUUUCGAAGAGACUGGUGAUGAUGAUGGUUUUGAGUAUGGUAAGGGUGAUUUUACUGAGCAUGCUUGUAGGUACUGUGGGGUCACAAACCCGGCCUGUGUGGUGCGGUGCAAUGUCUCAUCCUGCCGGAAAUGGUUCUGUAAUUCGCGGGGGAAUACCUCGGGUUCACACAUAGUCAAUCAUCUGGUGAGAGCAAAGCAUAAGGAAGUAUGUCUUCAUGAAGAUAGUCCCCUGGGAGAAACAAUUCUCGAGUGCUACAACUGUGGAUGUCGAAAUGUUUUCCUUCUUGGUUUCAUAUCUGCAAAGACAGAGAGCGUGGUUGUCCUGCUUUGUAGGGAACCCUGCCUUAGCAAUAAUGCAUUGAAGGACAUGAAUUGGGAUCUUAGUCAGUGGUGCCCGCUUAUUGACGAUAGGUGCUUUUUGCAGUGGCUAGUAAAGGUCCCAUCUGAACAAGAGCAGUUGAGAGCUCGCCAAAUUAGUGCACAACAGAUAAACAAAAUAGAAGAGCUUUGGAAGACAAAUCCUGAUGCAACUUUGGAAGAUCUUGAGAAACCAGGUGUGGAUGAUGAACCUCAGCCUGUAGCCUUGAAGUAUGAAGAUGCUUAUCAGUAUCAAAAUGUUUUUGCACCACUUAUCAAGCUUGAAGCAGACUAUGAUAAGAUGAUGAAAGAGUCUCAGAGCAAAGAUAAUAUCACAAUUCGAUGGGACAUCGGUCUUAACAAGAAGCGUGUAGCAUAUUUUGUUUUUCCAAAGGAAGACAAUGAGUUGCGCCUUGUACCUGGUGAUGAAUUGCGACUGCGUUAUUCAGGGGAUGCUGCUCAUUCGGCGUGGCAUUCUGUGGGUCAUGUGAUAAAAUUGACUGCACAAGAGGAAGUUGCUCUUGAGCUUCGUGCUAGUCAGGGCGUCCCUGUUGAUGUGAACCAUGGUUUUAGCGUCGACUUUGUUUGGAAGAGCACAAGUUUUGAUCGGAUGCAAGGGGCGAUGAAGACUUUUGCUGUGGAUGAAACGAGUGUCAGUGGGUUCAUUUACCAUCAUUUGCUAGGCCAUGAAGUUGAGAUGCAGAUGGUUCGCAAUGCAUUGCCUCGCCGCUUUGGUGCUCCGGGUCUUCCAGAACUUAAUGUAUCUCAAGUUCUCGCGGUGAAAAAUGUCCUACAAAAGCCAAUAAGUCUGAUCCAAGGCCCUCCUGGAACUGGAAAAACUGUCACUUCUGCUGCAAUUGUGUAUCAUAUGGCGAAACAAGGCCAGGGACAGGUUUUGGUCUGUGCUCCAAGCAACGUGGCUGUUGAUCAGCUAGCUGAAAAGAUAAGUGCAACUGGUUUGAAGGUUGUCAGACUCUGUGCAAAGUCGAGGGAAGCUGUUAGUUCUCCUGUUGAGCAUUUAACCCUCCACUAUCAGGUUCGACAUCUUGACACAUCCGAAAAAAGUGAACUUCACAAGUUGCAACAAUUGAAAGAUGAACAAGGUGUGGUGACUACCAUUAUGUGUGAUUUUGGUUUCAGUAUGCGCAUGGUUACAUCUGUAGAUAAACAGGAGGGCCAUGAAUUUUUGGUCUGUGAUGUUGUUACCUUAAGUGGACAGUUUAGGAAACAAAAAGACCUUUUAAUUGAGACGGAGAGACUAUAUCUUGGCUAUAUGGCUAAGUCCCAGAUGCAUCUGCUUAAAGCCCGGGAAUUUGCUAGCUAUAAGCUUUGGUGGCUUGUGUCUGACUACAUGUUUACUUAUUUGAGGAAAGAUGAUGGAAGAGAAUAUGAGACAGACAGACAGUAUAAGAGAGAGAAAUUGGAAGGGGAAAUUCAAGAUCAAUUAGCUAAAUGCUCGAAGCCUCAAAUCUCACCAAUGCAAGGGGCGAUGAAGACUUUUGCUGUGGAUGAAACGAGUGUCAGUGGUUGGAGUAUGAUGGCUAAUGGCCAUAUGGUUGUGAACAUAGAAAUCAUGGCAUUAAAUGCGCUUUUAGGUCUUUUUGUUGACCCACCUGUUCUUGAGUUAUUUUCUACUUAUGAAUUGUUCAAAACCCUCUCCCUUGCAUGUGUAUUGUUCAUUUACCAUCAUUUGCUAGGCCAUGAAGUUGAGAUGCAGAUGGUUCGCAAUGCAUUGCCUCGCCGCUUUGGUGCUCCGGGUCUUCCAGAACUUAAUGUAUCUCAAGUACAACAUAUAUUUCAUUUUUUGCUGACCCUGGAGAAGACUUAUUACUCAAAUUACAAGGUUCUCGCGGUGAAAAAUGUCCUACAAAAGCCAAUAAGUCUGAUCCAAGGCCCACCUGGAACUGGAAAAACUGUCACUUCUGCUGCAAUUGUGUAUCAUAUGGCGAAACAAGGCCAGGGACAGGUUUUGGUCUGUGCUCCAAGCAACGUGGCUGUUGAUCAGCUAGCUGAAAAGAUAAGUGCAACUGGUUUGAAGUUUCCCUAUAAUACUUAUUUUGUUUCAUCUGUCGUAGUUGUAGUUCCAUUUGACAUUAUAGUUUCAGUCUCUCUAGCUGAAAAGAUAAGUGCAACUGGUUUGAAGUUUCCCUAUAAUACUUGUUUUGUUUCAUCUGUCGUAGUUGUAGUUCCAUUUGACAUUAUAGUUUCAGUCUCUGUUGUCAGACUCUGUGCAAAGUCGAGGGAAGCUGUUAGUUCUCCUGUUGAGCAUUUAACCCUCCACUAUCAGGUUCGACAUCUUGACACAUCCGAAAAAAGUGAACUUCACAAGUUGCAACAAUUGAAAGAUGAACAAGGUGUGGUGACUACCAUUAUGUGUGAUUUUGGUUUCAGUAUGCGCAUGGUUACAUCUGUAGAUAAACAGGAGGGCCAUGAAUUUUUGGUCUGUGAUGUUGUUACCUUAAGUGGACAGUUUAGGAAACAAAAAGACCUUUUAAUUGAGACGGAGAGACUAUAUCUUGGCUAUAUGGCUAAGUCCCAGAUGCAUCUGCUUAAAGCCCGGGAAUUUGCUAGCUAUAAGCUUUGGUGGCUUGUGUCUGACUACAUGUUUACUUAUUUGAGGAAAGAUGAUGGAAGAGAAUAUGAGACAGACAGACAGUAUAAGAGAGAGAAAUUGGAAGGGGAAAUUCAAGAUCAAUUAGCUAAAUGCUCGAAGCCUCAAAUCUCACCAAGGCAUCAAGGCCUCACGAGGGACAUAAACGCGAAGGAGGAGAGCUAUCCAGCAGUGAUGAGAAAAAGUACAAAGCUCUUAAGCGAGCAACUGAGAGGGAGAUAUCUCAAAGUGCUGAUGUCAUUUGUACAGGGGCCUCAAGGUGGGUUCCCCGGGAGCUUCUUAAACCAGAAUUCUCAAGCUGGAUACUCUCGUUUUGCUACGGGAAAUGACUUCAUGUCACAGGAGUACAUGGCGCAUGGUUCCCAAGGGCUAUUUACGCAGGCUGCAUUCAAAGAUCCUUCUCAAGACGAUUCUUCCCAGAACCAUUUUGGUGUGGUCAAUGCCAAUCCACUUGAAUCUCAGAGUUUGCUCAAUCCUCUUUACUCCCAGCCUUUCACCCACUACAACACACAGCCACUAAACAUGCAAAAUUCUCAGCAACAAUCGCAGCAGAGUCCAGGCUCUCAAAAUCAGAAGCUUCACUACAAUGGCUGAGGGAUGUGUUUGAACAUGUUAUGGGUUAGUCUUUUUGCAUUCAGGAACUUGAUUAGUGCUGCCAUGUGUGACUACGUUAUCUGCCCUAAGACGCAGUGAGAUGGAUAAAAUUAUCCGGUUGGUUGACGACUCAAUUCUUUGAUUAUGAUUCUUAAAGAUUGCUUCAGAUAAUCUUAUUAAAAGGCAGCUGCAACUUUGGGCUAACACAGGCAGCAUAUAACUAGUUCUGAGAAUAGAGAUAACCCUAAUUAUCUUCUUGGAAGUCGAUGGAUGCAUUACAUGGCAUGGUUUUAUCGAUAUGGUUCAGGAGGCAGAACCAGUUACAGAGCUCUCUAAAGCAUAUAUGGCUGUUAUUUUACGUGCAGCAUGCUGGAGGACGGUUCUAACCCUUUCAUAUAGCCCUGACGUGUAAUUAUAUAUUUGGACGACGACGAUAGUUCAAGGUGUUAAUGCAAGCAUUAUGAUAUUACUAAAUAACGUUUUAGCUCUAUGAAUGUGUGACAUCGGUAUUAGUGAAAAACUCUAUGCUGUGAUUUAUAUUUUAGGGCAUAUGAUGAGGGAGUGAUAAUUAUGGAUUGUUUUGUUUGAAGUUUCGAAUUGGUGUAAUUUAAGGUUUGGAAAUGAAAUGGUGUGUGAAAAUUGUAUUGUUAUUA